AUGACACCGCGUUUAACCCGUUAUCAAGCUUACCGUUUCUCAAAUAGAGUUCUUACAUUACUGGUCGUUCAGCUGUCCACUUCGAGCAGAAUUCUGUCAAUUGAACUAUGCGGGUAUAUAACGUCAACAACGGACGAAGGGAACAACGUCGCAAGUGGGAGGCUUCAUCUUCUAGAUUUUUGGAGUGAAAUGCUGAGUUAGAAGUUCAUUUCCUCGCGCCACUUCUUCGAUUUCGCAGGCAGUUACCAAGAACAGCCCCAGUCCACUAAUUAAUCGAGGAUAUUUGCGAUGCAAAGAUCAAGUCAACCCUCGAUGCGAAAGUACCGUGGAACGAAUGUACCUGAUUCUGGCCAAAUUUACCUUCUAAAGGACCUCUAACGUCGCCUGUUGCUCAAACACAACUGAGUCAAUGACAGAACAUCUUUGGAAGUUCCCAUGGAAGAUAUAGGCUGGAUGAUCCGAUUGAUGAAGGAUCUGUGAGGCCGAAUUCAACAGGAUGUAUUGAGCGCAUUUGACGUAGUGACGUAUACGACGUCCUAACAAUUUAGUAGAGAUGUACAGAUUUGUAGUGUUAAGGUUAAGGUUAUAAACUAUAGUACGCUUGUUGCCCUCUGCUAUAAGAGAGCAGAGUUUGCAUAAGGCUUUCUACAUCCAUCAACCCUGUCCUACCUGCCUCACGAUGCCACUCAUCAACAGGAUGUAGCAAAGCAUUGAAGAUCACCGUAUGGGUUGUAUUUGUAUGGACGUGAACUAGAAACCCCCACGUGGCCCCCU